AUGCAUAUAGUUGAUGACAUUCUUACUUUUGGGGUUAACCAAGGCAUGCAAGAAACAGCAACUCCAAAAAGGGUGGUUUCCAAGAUGAAAAUAGAAUUGAAGCCAAUUACUGGUAAGCUCCAAUAUACUAGCAUGCCACUGAGUCCUAUGAACCUGUUGGUGAUUGCCUUGGUGGCUGCUGUUUGUACCAUCUUCCUGAUAUUCAAUUUCAACAGGCUACACUGCUGGGCGUUGCUAGGGAUAACCUUCUCAAGAAACCGGGGACAAAGGCGAAUUCUGAAUGAGAACCACCCUGAUGAUCCUUCUCUGCAGUUCCAAAGCCAAGGGCUCGAUUCCUUUAUUACACACUCACUUCCGAUCACUCAAUUCAAGAAGAAGAAUGAAGAAGAAUCGAGCCAAAGCAAUACUGAAUGUGCAGUUUGCUUAGGCGAGUUCGAGGAAGGUGAGUGCCUAAAGCAUUUGCCAAACUGUUCUCAUGCCUUCCAUGUCUCUUGCAUUGACACUUGGUUACAGAACCAUUCGACCUGUCCUCUGUGCAGAUCACAAAUCUUUGAUCUCACACCCGACCACCAAUACUCUGUUUCGAUGUACUCUUUGCUGGAGACUUUGAGGAGGGAAGAAUUCCUUCGAGAAAGAUUGGCACAAUAUCAAGUCCUUCGUUUGCAAAUCCUACAGAGUUCUUCGGAUAGAGCUGGUACAGAAAAUGUCAACUGA